AUGACUCGCCUCGAUGGGACUGUCUCUCGCCAACAUACAAUUGCAAAUUGUCGCAAGCUAUCAAAUACUGAAGAAGAAUCCCUUAAAAACUGGAUUCUAGACAUGGAUAAACGUGGUCUACCGCUUCAAGUAUCAAAUGUACGCCAUCUUGCUCAGCUUUUAUUAUCCGCGCGGUCUAAGCCAUCAAAAGACAUCUCCAUCAGCGAGAAAUGGGUCUCCCGAUUUAUUCAACGCCAUCCUGAGCUCAAAUUCAAAUAUACCCGCCAAUAUGACUAUCAGCGUGUCAAAUGUGAAGAUCCGGAGCUUAUAAAAGGCUGGUUUAAUCGUGUUCAAGAGACUAUCCUGAGAUACGGCAUUGCAGAGCAGGAUAUAUACAAUAUGGAUGAAACUGGCUUUCAAAUGGGUGUGGCAUCAACUGCAAAGGUUAUUUGUGGAUCAGAGACAAGAGAUAGCCAUGCCAAAUCUAUCCAGCCUGGAAAUCGCGAGUGGAUUACCAUAAUAAUUGCCAUAAAUGCCUCUGGACAUGCUCUACCUCCGCAAAUCAUUAUGGCUGGGAAAAAGUAUCAAUCUCAGUGGUAUUCAGCUAUUCCAAAGGAAUAUAGAAUCAGCUUGAGCGAUGAUGGCUGGACUAAUGAUAUUCUGGGAUUUGAAUGGCUUCAGGAGAUGUUUGAGAAGCAUACUGCUUCUCAGACAGCUGGCAGAUAUCGUCUUUUAAUUCUUGACGGCCAUAGCAGUCAUGCCACUGCUAGUUUUGAUCAAUUCUGCACUGAGAGAAGGAUUAUUCCAUUAUAUAUGCCUCCUCAUUCAUCUCAUCUACUUCAACCGCUUGAUAUAAGCUGUUUUGCGCCAUUCAAGCAUUAUUACGGCCAGAAAGUCAGAGAGAUGGCAGAAAACGACAUCCAUGCCAUUGAUAAACAAGACUUCAUAUCUAUCUACUCCAGCAUCCAUGGCCGUGCAUUCUCUAAGGGCAAUAUAUUGAGUGCAUUUGCAGCUGCUGGUCUUAUUCCUUUUAAACCAGAGAGGGUGCUUGCAAAACUCAACAUCAAGACACCGACACCACCUUCUUCCUCAUCCAGCAACCAAUCCUUUUAUUUAUGA